AUGUUAACGAUUAAACACUUUUAUCCGUCAGUUUCGACUAUUUGUUUAUGUCGAACUUUAAAAUUAUCUCCUCAAUCAAUUUAUUUUCUAUCGACUAAAGUUGAUUCAACAACGAAUGAAAAUAAAAAACAAGAAACUCAUGUACAACAUCCAGCACUUGAUACAAGAUUUAAUCAAUAUCGAAUAGCUUAUCGUUAUCGACAUGAUAUGGAACUUUUACGUGGUUAUCUUGUUUUUCGAAUAUUUUCAAUAAAUUUUCUUGUUAAUCAUCAAGAUAAAAUUGCUUAUUGGGGUCGACGAAUUCUUGGUAAUUGGUUAUUUAAAACUAUAUUUAAAAUAACUGCAUUUGGUCAUUUUGUUGGUGGUGAAACUCCACAAGAAAUAAAACCUGUUAUUAAAAGAUUACAACAUCAUCAUGUCAAACCUAUUUUAGACUAUAGUGUAGAAAGUGAUGAUCACAUUCCAUUAGUUUCGUCAAGUCAAGUUGAUCAUAUGCAUGAUCAGAAUGCAACUAAAUUUAUUGAAUGUAUUCAUACAUCACAUGAUGUUUGUGGUCCAGAUAAUUUAGUUGCUAUAAAAGUAACUGCUCUAGUUCGACCAAAUGUAUUAAAAAAAUUUAAUACAAUAUUACAAUCGAUGAAAAAUCAUUCGUCAUUACCACCAUUAUUUGAAUUAAUUAAUCAACAACCAACAAAUAAUAAAGCAGUUGUUCUUCUUCAAGAUUCUAUUAAUACACAUUUAAUAAACAAUCAGAAUCAAAAAUCUUCAAAGGUUACACUCGUGCCUGAUGAUUUAACAGAAAUUUAUAAUCUUCUUAUACGUUUAAAUAAUAUAGCUCAAGCAUGUCUUAAAUAUCAAAUUUCGAUUAUGGUUGAUGCUGAACAAUCAUAUUUUCAAAAUGCAAUUAACUAUCUUGCAACUGAAUUACAACGAUAUUAUAAUAAAUCAAAUAUACCUUAUAUUUAUGGAACUUAUCAAUGUUAUUUAAAAGAUACAUUGGAUUCUUUAAAACAUGAUCUUACUCUUGCAGAAAAAUAUAAUUAUAUAUUUGCAGCUAAACUUGUACGAGGUGCAUAUAUGGAACAAGAAAAUCGUUUAGCUCAAGAAUAUGGAUAUGAAAGUCCAAUAAAUCCAAGUUUUGAAAUAACAUCACAAAUGUAUCAUACAUGUCUUGAUGAAGUAUUAAAAAAUACUCUUCAACGUCAAUCUGAUCAAAUUAGAAUUAUGAUUGCUUCACAUAAUGAAGAUACUAUUCGAUAUGCAAUACAAAAAAUGAAAGAUUAUAAUAUUCCUCAUAAUUCACCAACUGUUUCAUUUGCAUCACUUUAUGGAAUGAGUGAUUAUGUUGCUUUUGCUUUAGCUCAUGCCGGUUAUUUAACAUAUAAAUAUUUACCAUAUGGACCAAUUGAAGUAUUACAACCAUAUUUAUUUCGACGUGCUCAAGAAAAUCGAGCAAUUUUUGCAAAAGCUGAUAAAGAUCGACGUUUUCAUUUUAAAGCAUUAAAAGAUCGAAUAUUUAAAUCUAAGCAUUAA